GUGCCAAGAAGUGGCUGGGAUGGAGGAAAGAGAUCGAACUGCUUUCUGAUGUAGCCUACUUCGUCCUUACCACUCUGUCAGGUUAUCAGACUCUGGGUGAAGAGUAUGUGAACAUUCUUCAAGUUGACUCAACCAAGAAACGGGUACCUUCUUUUCUUCGACGGGCCAUCUUUGUUUCUCUUCAUACUGUAGUACCCUAUUGCUUAGAAAAGGGAUUACUGCAUCUGGAACGUGAAUUGCAGACAGAAGCUGAUGAGUUCAGAACCUCGCAGAACAAUCCGGCACCUGGCUUAUCCAGUAGGACCUUAGUACAAAACUGGAUACAGAAACAAGUUUGGGAGCUUACAGAACAGCAGAAGAAAACAGUCUUACAAAUUGUGCAUGUUCUUAAACAAUGCAUACCUUUGCUUCAUCGACUACAUCUGGCAGUAUUCUACAUAAGUGGCGCUUUUUAUCACCUGUCUAAAAGACUUACAGGAAUCAGAUAUCUGCAUUUUGGAGGACUGCAAGGAGAAGAUCAGAGUAUUCGAUCAAGUUACAAGUUUCUCGGCAUAAUUUCACUCUUCCAUCUUCUUCUAACAAUUGGUGUUCAGAUGUACAGCUUCAAACAGAAGCAGAGAGCAAGGCAGGAGUGGAAACUACACCGCAACCUAGCUCAUCAGAAAAAUAUGUCCAAGGAAAAAACUACUGGGCGCCACUCCCGCUGCACUUUGUGUUUGGAAGAACGGAGACAUACCACAGCCACACCUUGUGGCCACCUGUUCUGCUGGGAAUGCAUCACGGAAUGGUGUAAUACCAGA